AUGAGGUUGAUCAAUAUCGAAACGCUAGAGCUAGAAAGCUUCCUCUACGGGACCAUCCCGCCCUACGCCAUCCUCUCCCACACGUGGGGCGAGGACGAAGUGACCUUCCAGGAGGUCACCUACCGCGACAAGGACCUCAGCACAAAACGUGGCUGGCGCAAGAUUCCUGUCCGGUACCUCUGGGUAGACACGUGCUGCAUCGACAAGACGAGCAGCUCCGAGCUGUCCGAGGCCAUCAACUCCAUGUUCCGGUGGUACCGCGAGUCCGUCAUCUGCUACGCCGUCCUAGAAGACGUGCAGCGUACGACCGGGGAUGAAGAAAAGGAAACUGCCCCUCCGCAGCUCCUGGCCCCGCGCCACCUCGACUUCUUCGACACGAACUGGGACUGGCUCGGGAGCAAGGCAGACCUCUCGGCGCGCAUCUCGGCGCGCACCCGCAUCGGCGAGGACGUCAUCCUCUCGGGCGAGUGGCCAUUUGCCAGCAUCGCCCAGCGCAUGGCCUGGGCCGCGGGCCGCGUGACGACGAGGGUCGAGGACAUGGCCUAUUGCCUGCUCGGCAUCUUUGGCGUCAACAUGGCCAUGCUCUACGGCGAGGGCGACAACGCGUUUCUCCGCCUGCAAGAGGAAAUCAUUCACGAGUCCGACGACCAUUCCAUCUUUGCCUGGGACGCCGCCGGAAAGCCCGACUCGGUCAGUCGCAUCGGCGCUUUUGCGACCUCGCCCGCCUUGUUCGCCGACAGCGCCGACGUCGAGCCCAGCACCGCCGCGCAGAGCACGACCUACAGUUUAACGAACCGCGGCGUGCAAAUCUCCGUCCCCGUCGUGACUCUCCAGCAGCGGCCCGGGGAAUCUCUCGUCGUUCUCUCGUGCUACAAGGCCUCCGACGUCGACAGCCUCAUCGGCAUCCCCGCCGCCCUGGACCCAACCGCCGGCCCGGCCGCGUACGCACGACUACCCGCUGCGCCUGUGUCUAUUCCCGUGCGAGACCAUGCGCAAAUGCAGCACUCCUUGAGGAGCAUCUACCUCGCCAAGAGGGACCGGCAGCGCGACACGAUUGCUCCGCCCCUCAAGUGCCAUAUCCGCGGGCGCGUCGGGCCCUUGCCGCCCACGUUUGAGUUUAUCGGCGCUCACCCACCAGAGAUGUGGAACAUGGGGCCCGUCAAGACUCUCACGCUUCUCGUACCGCCGCAGCGAACCCCGGUCGAGGGCGCAAAUGACUCUGGUUUCUCCACUGCGGUGCUCUUUCGUUUCGCCGGCGCUGCUGGCAGCCACGCGUUCUGCCUCGUCGCGCACCUCGCGCCCAACGCGCAAAGUAAAGUACGCCUGAGCCUCGUUGCCGCGCCGGACGAAGUGCCCGAGGGCCCGAAAUUGGAACAAUUCCUAGAACGGGUGAGUGGGACGGCGUCUCGCUUGGGUGUGGCGGAGGCAGCGUUCCUGAGACUGGGAGGAAAAUCGCUCGAUGCACAUGGGGUGUUUGACGCUUCGAGGUCAUCAACAACCUUCCGCAUCACGUUACGACUGCGUUAA